GUCCUCCCGUAGUGUUUAGAAAGAGCCCGAGUACCGCCGACCAUUCUCUUAUGUUCUCUAUUCGAAACAUGAAACUUGCCUCCCUGCAAAGAGGAGUUUUGAAGUAAGUACUUACUCCAUCCCGAAGAUUUUGGUCACUAGCUGCAAUCAAUCUCCACCAUUUUGAACACCGCACCCUGUCAUUCAUUUUCUCGCGGUUCCACGAAUAACUUGCAGAGCAAGGACAUGGAAAGACCGGAUUUCCAACCCCCACGACAUGAAACCAGGAACACGAAUCGAGACUCAGCGGAUACGGAGAAAGAGGUCUUUUCAUCACCCGAAUCUCGAGAUCGAUAUUCUCGAGGGGUGAACCCUCUCCAACAGCCCAGAGACGGAGGACUGGCGAGGAAUCAGUCGUCCAAUUACCCGCGAGUAGGCCAGAAUCCGAGUAGUGCGAGACAACAUCGCCAAUAUCAUCCUCGAGAUCAACAGCAACAUAUCCAACAUCAACAACCGGCCCCUUCAGUAAUUUCGUCAUUCCACUCACAACCCCCUACUCCCUCUGCAAAUCUGUGGGAAACGACACACGUCCUCCUACCCUUCCUGUUCUUCACGCUGUUUUCUAUUUUCUUGACUGUCGUGGUUAUCUACUCGCUCUCGCUCCACGAAUCUCUCCCAACACGUUUCCUGGAAGGAAUUGGGAUUUGUUUUGCUGUUAUCAUAUUCCUUUGGGUUGCUGUCAUUCUAUGGGUCAAGGUCAAGAGAGUGGAGAGAGAGAGGAGGGUGUUACGGGAUUUGAGGGGCAGGGUUGGUGGGCGGGCUAUGGAGGAGGGGAGGUUGGGUGUGAGGAGUGGGGAGAGGGUGGAGGGGAGGGGAAUGAGGGAGAAGGAUGGUAAGAGGGUAUCGAUGGUAGAGAGUCUGAGUAGUGUGGGCGCGGGGCGGCAUUUUCAGAGGGGAGGGUUGGCGCCUAUUUUUGAGAAGAUGGGUUUCAGUUGGAAGAAGAGGAGGGAUGAGGAGAUGGGGCGUGUUUUGAGUGCGGAAACGCAGUAUGAGAGGUGGUUGGAAGAUAUGAAGGAGGGCAAGAGGGUUGGGGUGGGUGAGGAUGUUGUUGGUAAGCCUUCAAUUCCUCGAAUACCACAACCGGCAGCUACGCAUCAACCGCGGCAACGAUCUAAGGACGAGGAGGGAGUUAAUGUUCAGCAAGCACCGGCACGACGUUUGUCUAGGAAGGAGAAAAGACAAAAGACGCAACCCCUCGUUGAAUCGCGUCCGAUCACCCACCCUGCCCCGUCCCAGCAUCCAAACUCGUCAAUUCAACACUCACCCAAACCCUCAAGCUUCUCAGCCCGCAACCCAACCUUGAGACGUACAGAGACUCUUCGCCACCAUCAGCAACCAGCAAACACCACUCCUCCCCCCUUCCAAACACCCCACCCAAUCAUCAAACCCCCUCCUCAACAACCACAACCACCACCAAUAACCAGACCCCCAACACUCAAACGCACGAGGAGAAUCCCUCGAGGCCAUCCAACCAACACAUCCUCUCUCGCCACUACCUCUGAUUUGCGUCCCCCUCUCCAUGUACAAAACGCCAACUCUCUCGCCACCCCUUCAAAAGACCUAAAAACCACCCGCCUCUCCACCAUCCCCUCCGUCUCCCGAUUCUCCAUCUCUUCCGACGAGGACUCGUACACCUUUCCUCACACUCAAAUUUCAUUCCCUGACCAAAAUCAUCCUUCAAGACAAGCGCACAUUCGAGAACACGCCAUCCCAGAUCUGGGCAAUCAGACGGGCAUCGAAACCCAAGUCCUCCAGCGCAGAAAAAGAGGUGGCACGAUAGUAGGCGAUGGAGUUGAAAGUGGAGAUGCAAGAGGAAGAGCAAGAGGAAGAGCAGAUUCCAACACCCUCCCAUCAUCUACACCUCCGCCUUCUUAUAAAUCGAAAGAAGGGAGUAUUGGUGUUGGUGUUGUGCAGGUGGGAACCAAGAGGGGGCGUGCGGAUUCGGGGUAUGGGACUGGUGGUGGUACGACGCCUGUGUUGGGGAUUGGUGUUGGGAAGGGAGGGAAGGAGGUUGCUGGUGUAGAGUUUGGGGAUUUGAGAGGAAGGGAGGAGAGGAUGGAGGGUGGUGGAGAGGGAGAGGGAGAGUUCUGGAUUAAGGGGACUUCGGGAUGAAGAUAUGUUUUGUCACGAGCGGGUGUGAAGAUGUAAGGGAGACGUUCUAUGCAAGAAUUCUUUCUCUCUCUAUCUAUCUACCUGACUGACUGACGAGUAGUGAAAGAAGAGGGUAUUAUACACG